GGGCAUAGGAGGGUGGUGGGAGUACUAUUAGAACAAGAGGAUGUCAGCAUUGAUAUGACAGACAAAAAUGGUCAGACACCACUCACGUCGGGUGCAGAAAGUGGAUCCGAGGGAAUAGUG